AAUUUAGGAGGAGGAGGAGCCCCUCGGCCACCCGGGGGGAAGCCGCGAUGGAAGACGGGCAGCGCCCCGGGGUGGCGGUGGUGCUUGACCGGGGCCCCUCGAGCCCAGCUCCCCGCUGCCCUCACGGCCCCACCCUUCUGUUUGCAAAGAUUGUUCGAGGGAAAGAAGAGGGAAGAAGAUUUUAUGCUUGCUCUGCUUGCAGAGAAAGAAGAGACUGUAACUUUUUUCAGUGGGAAGAUGAAAAGGUAUCAGAAGCUAGACUUUCAGCACGGGAAAUGUACAACCAACGCCAUCAACCAUUAUUAUCUCACAGAGACAAUGUAGAGAGGUACAAGGAGUAUACAGCGUUGCCACUGUUGGAAAGGAGGUUUUGCAGAGAGUGCCAGCUGCUGCUGUUGCCAUCAGAGUGGGGAAGACACCUGGGCCAUCAGGUCCUUAGUGACGUCUCUGUUGCCCAGCUGAAAAGGCCCAGCCAGCUCCUCAUCCCUCUGGAAAAUAAGAAGACAAAUGCACAAUACCUGUUCACCGAGAGAAGCUGCCAGUUCCUGCUGGACCUUAUUACCACACUGGGUUUUAAAAGGGUGCUUUGUGUUGGCACCCCAAGGCUGCAUGAAUUCAUCAAAUUCCAAACAUCGCAGGAACAGAAGAUCUGCAUUAAGAGCCUUUUGUUAGAUAUUGAUUUCAGGUACUCUCAGUUUUAUACAGAGGAGGACUUCUGCCAUUACAACAUGUUUAACCACCAUUUCUUUGCUGGAGAGGCUGCUUAUGAGAUAUGUCAGAAGUUCUUGCAGGAGGACAAUGGGCAAGACGUCAUCAUGGUGGCUGAUCCUCCCUUUGGAGGCUUGGUUGAAGCUUUGGCUUUUAGUUUCAAGAAGCUGAUUGCAAUGUGGAGACAAACAGGAGGUGCAGAUCCUGCCGACAAUAACUUACCCAUACUUUGGAUAUUUCCAUACUUCUUUGAGUCACGCAUUCUUGAAUUUUUUCCAAAUUUCAGUAUGCUGGAUUAUCAGGUGGACUAUGAUAAUCAUGCCCUCUAUAAGCACGGAAAGACAGGUCGUAAACAGUCCCCAGUUCGUAUAUUUACCGACAUUUCACCUCAUUUGAUAGUGCUUCCUGUGGAAGAAGGAUACAGGUUUUGCUCCAUCUGCCAGCGGUACGUUAGUUCAGACAACCAGCACUGUGAAAUCUGUGAUUCAUGCACAUCAAAAGAUGGGAGACGAUGGACACAUUGUUCCCUUUGCAAAAAAUGUGUAAAACCCUCUUGGAUUCAUUGCAGCGUUUGUGGUCGCUGUGCUCUGCCAGGUCACCCUUGUAAGAAUGCUGAUACUGGAUCUGAGACGGGAUGCUUCAUUUGUGGAGCUAUGGACCACAAACGCGCCACCUGCCCUAAUCUACAUGUGGUUAGGAGAACACACCAAGGCGGAAAGAAGUCAAGGCAAAAGAAGAAGAAGCUGGUGAAUGUGAAUGCUACGAAAACAACAGGUGGAAAGAAGAUGAGAACUGCAGUAUAAAUUAUGGGCUAUGUUUGCACGAGUCCUUCAUUCGCAGUUCUCCAAAUAUUAACCUGGAUACUGAAUAUCUGACUGAAUCGGAGGCCGUAUUUUGCAACUCUGCAAAUGUCACUGAAACACCAACGCUUGCUGAUGCGCUAAAUAUGUGGGGAAAUAUAUAUAUCUUUUUAGUACACUGUGUAUAUACGCUUUCAACAAUGCACAACAAUGUAACUGAAUUAAUAUUUUAUAAAUGUUAAUAUAUUUUUGCAAAAC